CCCGGUCAUCCUUCCGCUCGCGCUAGCGGCGAACGAACGCGCUAGCUAGCUAGCCAGCCCGCGCGCGCCGGAACCCGCUCCGCGUGACGUCAGCGGACCCGACUGGAGCGGGAUGAGCCAUGGCAUCGGUUCGGGUGGCUGUUCGGGUCCGACCCAUGAACGGACGGGAGAAGGACUUGUCGGCCAAGUGCGUCAUCAAGAUGGACGGCGCCGAAACCUCCAUCACCAACCCCAAGCUCUCGGAAGGCGUGGCGGGGGAACCCGGCAGGGAUCCCACCAAGACCUUCACCUACGACUUCUCCUACGACUCGGGCGGCUCCGGCUUCGCGACUCAGGAGAAGGUCUUCCUCGACUUGGGCCGCGACGUGCUGGAGGCGGCCUUUGAGGGCUACAACGCCUGCGUGUUGGCCUACGGUCAGACGGGCUCCGGGAAGUCCUACACCAUGAUGGGGAAUCCGGGAGACGCGGGAUUGAUCCCGCGGAUCUGCGAGGCCUUGUUCGGCCGCGUCGCCGACGCCGCUCGGCGGGACGAAGCUUCUUUCCGCGCGGAAGUCAGCUACCUGGAGAUCUACAACGAGCGCGUGCGCGAUCUCCUGAGGAGGAAGUCGGCUCAGACGUCCAACCUGAGGGUCCGGGAGCACCCCAAGGACGGACCCUACGUCCAAGGUCUGUCCAAGCAUCUGGUGCGGAACUACGGCGACGUGGAGGAGCUGAUGGAGGCGGGAAACGUCAAGCGCACCACCGCCAGCACCGGCAUGAACCACAUCAGCAGCCGCUCGCACGCCAUCUUCACGGUCAACUUCACGCAGGCCAAGUUUGACGCGGAGAUGCCCAGCGAGACGCUGAGCAAGAUCCACUUGGUGGAUCUGGCCGGCAGCGAGCGCGCCGACGCCACCGGCGCCGCCGGCGCCGCCGGCGUUCGCCUCAAGUCCCCGCCCAACAUCAACAAGUCGCUCGUCACGCUCGGCAACGUCAUCUCCGCCCUGGGUCAGAAUCCGCCGCAGCGAGCGGCGCGCCCAAAGUCAGACCAGCCCGUUUUUUUUUUAAAAGACGUCAACUACGGCGAGACGCUCAGCACGCUGCGCUACGCCAACCGGGCCAAGAACAUCAUCAACAAGCCCACCGUCAACGAGGACGCCAACGUCAGGCUGAUCCGAGAACUGCGGGCGGAGAUCGCGCGCCUCAAGGCUCUGCUGGUUCAGGGCGACCGGACGGCUCUGCCGGACUCGCCCACCGCGCUCAGCGUGGAGGAGAAGCUGCACCGGAACGAAGCCAAGGUGCUGGCGCUGACCAAGGAGUGGACCAACAAGUGGAACGAGACGCAGAACAUCCUCAAGGAGGAGACGCUGGCGCUGCGCAAGGAGGGCAUCGGCGUGGUCCUGGACUCGCAGUUGCCGCACCUCCUCGGCAUCGACGACGACCCGCUCAGCACCGGCGUCGUCCUCUACCGCCUCAAGGAGGGACGAACGUCCGUGGGCAGGGAGGACGCCGCCACCGAGCAGGACAUCGUCGUUCGCGGCGCCGGCGUGGAGAGCGAGCACUGCGUGUUUGAGAACCGCGGCGGCACGGUGACGCUGCUGCCGCUGCCCGCCGCGCUCUGCUCCGUCAACGGGACCGACGUGGCCACGCCCACGCGGCUCAAUCAAGGCGCCGUCAUCCUGCUGGGCCGGACCAACACGUUCCGCUUCAACCACCCCAAAGAGGCGGCGCGGCUGCGCGAGAAACGCAAGAGCGACCUGCCCGAGUCCCGCGACGACCUCUCCUCCGCCGUCGCGCUCUCCGACCUGGGGCGUCCGAUCGAGGAGACGGAGGCCAAGCGGCAAAGCGACGGGGCCGACGUCGGCGAGGCACUCGCGGGGGCCGUCGGCGGAGACGGAGGCGGGGCCGCGGACGCCAAACUCCUCCCCGCGCUGGACCGCAACGGAAAUGACCCCGGCGAGAGGAGAUCAGCAGAGGAGCGUCGCGGCGGCUCCCUCGCCGAGCCCCCUCGCCGCCCCCGCCGCGGCGCCAUCCGCGUCGACAUCCCCCGCUACGUCCUCAGAGGUCAGGGCAAGGACGAGCACUUUGAGUUCGAGGUCAAGAUGAGCGUGGAGGACGAGACGUGGACGGUGUUCCGUCGCUACAGUCGCUUCCGAGAGCUGCGCAAGAGGCUCAGCUCGAAAUAUCCGCAGCUGGCCGCUCUGGAAUUCCCUCCCAAGAAGAUAUUCGGAAACAAAGACGAAAGAGUGGCGGCCGAACGCAGGAAUCAGCUGGAGGGCUACCUGCGGAGCGUGUUUGCGGUGAUGUCGACGCCGUCGGACGACGCCGAGCUCGCCUGUCCCGUGUCCAAGCGAUCCGUGUGCGAGUUGUCGCCCUUCUUCAAGAAAGGCGUCUUCGAGAGCGGCCGCCACGGAACCGGCUGACGGUCUUGGGUUGGCCGCUAACGUUGCCUGGAAAGCGCGGGUGCGCGCGCGCGCUAGCUGCUUGUUAGCAUGUUUUGCAGCUCAGGAAAACAAGUCGACAGAAUUGCAAGCAACUUUGGAUUUUUUCCGCCUCCACUUCCUGUUGAUCCGGGAAAUAAAAUAAAACACAAAAGGCAG